CUGUUGAACAUGUCCGGACUCAGCCUGAGUCACGGGAUAAAUGAGUCACAGUCUGUUUAAAUAGACUCAGUUUCACUUCAGUUUCAGACCAGACUCUUCAGGUCCAGUCCAUCUGAGUCUGUGAAUCUGGUUCUGGUUCUGGUCUGACAGGCAACAUGACAAUGCAAAAUCAGAGCAAGACCUCAACAGGAGCUGAGGUCACGGGGACCAGUUGGACCCAGAGAACCGUCCUACCUGAGGUCCGGUACCAUCCAUCCAUCCAGAUUCAGAGUCCUGGAGACGGAGCACGACCCAAAACCACCAAAACCCCCAAGACAAGAACCAGUCAAACACAGAAGACCAGACCUAGAGCUGUGCACCCCCCUCAGACUGGGAGGCAGCGAGGGGACAUCACCACCCAGGCUGAUCCGGUUUCUGCAGUGAGACCACGUCCUGGAGCUCAGACACCCGUUCAGAGGGCUGAUCCUGAUCGAGAUCCUCCUCAAAAAUCAGAUCAGCUCUCUAACAGAGCCCCUCCCAGACCGGAGCAGGUUCCUCUGGGUCUGGGGGUCCGGUUGGAUAGGUCUGUGGUGGAGCAGGUGGAGGUUCUGACCCGUGGACAGAGGACCAAUGAGGACUGGUUCUCCUGGAGGAAGAACCGGAUCACAGCCUCAGUCGCUCAUCGCAUUUCUCACAGUCGUUUCGUUAACGGGAAGAGCAAAACCCCACCUAACUCCUACCUGGCUGCUGUCACAGGUGAGGGUCCCAGAGUCCAGACCAGAGCCAUGAGCUGGGGGGUAGAGAAGGAGGCUGAGGCCGUCCGCAAGUACCAGAGACUGAAGAGCUCUCGGUUGGGUCGGUCGGUGUCGGUUCAGGACUGCGGUCUGUUCAUCGACGCUCAGCGGCCCUGGUUGGCAGCAAGUCCUGACGGCAUCGUGACGGACAGCCGGACCGGCCAAUGGCUGCUCUGCCUGGAGGUGAAGUGUCCCCACAAACACAGACAGAGACGGGUAGAGGACGCCUGCAGGGACGACCCCAACUUCUGUCUGGAGCUACAGGACAAGGACGGACGGGAAGCUGGAGGGACUCCAGUCUACCGUCUGAAGACGUCUCACAGUUACUUCACACAGAUCCAGUGUCAGCUGGCGGUGACGGGCCUCAAACAGGCCGACCUCGUUGUCUAUACCCUGAAGGAGACGACCAUUGUCCCGGUGACCUUUGACCCCAACCUGUGGGAGGAGACUGUGUCCAAGCUGGAGGUGUUUUACAGGGACGCCGUCCUGCCUCACCUCAGAGAGAAGACCCAGCAGGAGAAGGCAGCUGCCUGGACCCCAGAGCUGUAGAGACCUGUGACCUCUGACCUGAGGAUGAUAAUGAUGAUGAUGAUGAUGUCUAGGAACCUGGACACUGAUCUCAUCAUGUAAAGAGAUCAGUUCAUCUUAUGUGAAAACUUUCUAUAAUUUUGAGAUAUCACUACCAAACUCCAUUGACAAAAACAAGAAUUUAACACAGGAGCUGCUGGAAUACCACUGCCUCCAUCUGUUAGUGUGUCUGUGUUACUGUGUGGUACUUUUACUUCAGUAAAGUAUCUGAUUACUUCUUCCACCACUGAAAGUCACACAGUAACACAGACACACUAACAGAUGGAGGCAGUGGUAUUCCAGCAGCUCCUGUGUUCUGCUUGGUAAAAUUCAUGUUUUUGUCAAUGGAGUCUGGUAGUGAUAACGACUCAACCCAAGAAGAUGGGAAAAUAAGGCCCAGGUUCAAAAAUACCUUUAACAGUUUGAUGUAUCUGAUACAGAAAAGAAUAAAAAAGUGUUUUUGCUCAGUUAUAAAUAAUGAGUGAAGAGAAACUGGA